CAGAGAGGGCAGCGCCGAGCCGCGCCGAGCCGCGCCGAGCCGCCGGAGAGGAGCCCGCAGCCCGCACCGCCGGCGGGAGCCGCCCCGGAAGAAACCCUGAACCCUUAAGAAGCAGUGACUGAAGAGGAAGUUAAGGAACAACCAGAAGGAACAAACCCAUUUCAUAACAAGAUCAAGUUUAAAUUAAAUGGCUGAUAAACAGAUCAGUUUACCUGCCAAGCUGAUCAAUGGAGGGAUAGCUGGGCUCAUCGGGGUCACCUGUGUAUUUCCCAUUGACUUGGCAAAAACCCGCUUGCAGAACCAGCAGAAUGGCCAGCGGAUGUACACCAGCAUGUCUGACUGCCUCAUUAAAACGAUCCGAUCAGAAGGCUACUUCGGCAUGUACAGGGGGGCUGCAGUGAACCUGACCCUAGUGACACCAGAAAAGGCCAUCAAACUAGCAGCCAAUGACUUCUUCCGGCAUCACCUCUCCAAGGAUGGGAAAAAGCUGACGCUGCUGCGGGAGAUGCUGGCAGGCUGUGGCGCUGGCACCUGCCAGGUGAUUGUCACCACCCCCAUGGAGAUGCUCAAAAUCCAGCUGCAGGACGCAGGCCGAAUCGCGGCACAGAAGAAGCUGAUGGCGGCCCAGCUCUCGGCCGCCGCGGGGGCAGCGGAGCCAGUGGUGGAAGCACGCACAACUGCGACGCAGAUAACGAGGGAGCUGCUGCGAAGCAAAGGCAUUGCAGGGCUCUAUAAGGGCCUGGGAGCCACACUACUGAGAGAUGUCCCAUUUUCCAUUGUUUACUUCCCACUGUUUGCAAACCUGAACAAGCUGGGCCAGAAGGACCCUGAUGUCAAGGCCCCAUUCUACGUGUCCUUCCUCUCCGGGUGUCUGGCUGGCAGUACGGCUGCUGUGGCUGUCAACCCGUGUGAUGUGAUCAAGACCCGGCUGCAGUCCUUGCAGAGAGGCGUAAAUGAGGACACGUACUCAGGAAUCCUGGACUGCACCAAGAAGAUCUGGCAGAAGGAAGGGGCCACUGCUUUCUUCAAAGGGGCAUACUGCCGAGCCCUGGUCAUUGCUCCGCUCUUCGGCAUUGCACAAGUCGUCUACUUCAUCGGCAUCGCGGAGUUCCUCCUGGACCUGCUCCCAAAGCACCGGGCCUAGCCUCGGUGUGCCCGUGUGUGUGUGCCCGCCCGCUGCCACACCAAGUCCAUCCCAGUGUCCGUCAUACAUGUCAAUUGGUGUCAGAGCAACAGCACAAAGGGUUUGCGUGGGAACGCUGAGGGGACGUGGUCUCCAGAUGAGCCAAGGUGGGGAGGGAGAGAGAGUCCCUUCUCCAUCCCAAACUGGAGCAGGCCCGCUCUCGCUUUUCUCAAGGACAAUACCUAGUUAUGCAUAUCUCUUUUUUUUUUUUUCCUUUUCUUCUUUUUUAAACUGUUAUUCAGAACACUGGUAAGCACAGGCUGGGCUUGCAGUCCCAGAGAUCUCCCAGCUUUGGUGGGGAAGAGGGAUGGGAAAGAAAGAACUGAGCCCUGCUCCGUCUCAGCCCUCUCACCUUCCCCAGGAUUAUCAGCUGUCCAAGAAAGACUCUGCCCUCCUCAGGGGUGGUACGCCCUGGGCCACAGAGCGCUCAUUGAGGGAGGCCUCACAUCACCCAGGGAGCAGGGGCGGAUGCUGGAUCUGGCCAAGUUCCUCAGCCUAGAAACCUUCACCUUUCCCUGCUCCCUCACUCGAAGAUGAGCUGGGCUUAGGUGAACUCCCUGGAGAUCAGAGGAUGGGAAAGGGGAUCAUUGCUGUUGUUCUUGUGAUUACUUUUGUUUUAAAGCAAAGGGACUUCCCUCCUAAUUGUCACAGGCAUGUCCAGGUAAGGUGCAGAGACGAGGUGUCUGCUCUGCAGGGCCCAUGUCUGUGGGAUUUCAUGAAUGUCCUAAGGUGCUUCACUGCUCAACUAUGGGCAGAGGAGGGAGAUGAACUUGGGAUCAACUUUUUAUUUUUUUCCUUUUUUUCCUUUUUUUUUUUUUUUUUUUUUUUUUUUAAUUAUAGGGAAUAUAGGAUAGGGCAAAACCAAACAAAUCAUUUACAUUCCUUCAGCCUUUCCAGCCCAGAGGCAGAAAGUGGUUGCUGCAGCAUGUGUAUGGUUAGUGGCAUCUUCUGGCGUGGCCCUCGAUGGCUCCCUCAUCUCCCUGCACUUGCUGCCUGGCUCAUGGGGGAGGGAAGAGGAGAGGAGAGCAGAUGGAGGAGCUAUCCCCAGGUCCUGAAGGCCAGGAGAUGCACAGGAAAUGCUCCGGUUUUGCUUUCGCUUCUCAUGGGCUGGGUGUAGUUUUGCUUUGAGGUUGGACUGGGCAUUUGGAGCUGGCCAGUAGCGACAAGGUUGGAGGAUUGCCAUGCUCCGAGCAAGGAGCUGCUUAUGAAUGUGCAAUCACAAGAGCGAGUCCUCUGGAUUGCCAAAAUUCAGUGUCCUGCUUGCUCUGGGAUGGUGACAGGUGGGUUGGGUGGCAGGGGGCAAAUAUACACUUACAGCCCCUUCUGUCAAAGAGAUGUUGGCCAGCUAAAAAAUCACUUGUUGAAGAAAUUCCACAUUAAGUACUCUCUUUGGGUGUAUUGUUAAUUCUAGUUUAAAUUAUCUGAAGCGUGAGAUCUACAAACCCGCUGUGGUCUUCUCCAUUAUUUAUUCCAUUCGGUGCAAUCCACCCAACUUCGGUGUUUCAAUUAAACUGGUCAAAUUCACUUUCAUUCCUUCUUCUCUUCACUUGCUUGGUGUUUGUUUUGGGUGUAUAUUUAAAUUAAUUUAAAAAGAAAUCAAUGUUUUUAAUGUUGAAAAAAAUCUGUUUCAACUUUUUUGUUGUUGUUGUUUCAAAACCUUUAUGUCAAGGACCUUCUUCCUAGAUGUGUCCCUUUUCUCUUAGGAAAAGUUGUUCUGUGGCUGGUUUGUAACUUGUCACUUUGCUUAUGUGAAUCACUUUCCUUUUUGUUUUAUUUUGUUUUUAACAACUUUGGUGUGUAUCUGGGAAGGAAUCUCUGCAGUGCCGCGCUCUGAUUCAGGUGGCUGUCUGUGACGUGUGUAGUGCUGUGACGCUGCUCUUGCUCUCGAUCUCCCUAGGUGGAUUAAAAGAAAGUGUUUUUUCUAA